CCCCCCCCCACACCCCCUUCGAGGCUGAACCGGUUUCGGUUGGAUUCCAGCUGUUUCACACUCCAGUCGACACGUGCCUGUGGGGUGGGCGAGAAGCAGCCGUACAGACUUGUUGAAAUGUGGGGCGCGACCGACGACGAUGGCGAGAGUGAAGGGGUGCCGCGGUCAAGUCAAGUCGGGUCAUGCGAUGCGGAAGAGAAUGCUGCCCGGCCGGUACCGGACGACGACGAGCUUGACAUUUGGUCGUCCGGCGAUGUGGGUUGGAGCCAUCCACGCCGAGGGUCAGUGAGGCUGAGGGAAGAGUGUCGUCGAGGCGUCAGUCAGUUUGCGGAACGGUCGGCAGUCAUGCGGAACGGUAGCUAUCGCCACUACAUCGCCCAGUCGAACUGCCAUCGCUUCGAGUAUUUACAAAACCCCCUCAACGUCAGCUUGUACAAAAGUGCCCCAGCUUAA